AAAUUGCUCGUGUUUGGUCUCCCUGCGUGACUUUUACCUCAGGUUAGGUGGGAGGCCUUCCUGCUGCUUGUGACAGUAAUCUUCAAUGUGUCUGCAGAGCCUCAUUCAGUUCAACAUGUGUGAUGGUUAUAUAUUAACAUGGAAUAAACGAGCAAAGCCAACCUAACUUGGAGCAAAUUAAAGAGGACUACGAGGCGCACCAGGCUCACAGAAUGAAGAGCAGAGAGCUCCACACAGGAAGAACACAGCUCAGGAAACACCAACAACAAAUGGACACUCGUAACAACAUGACAGAGUUUUGGAAGGAGCACUCGAAGGACGCCACAGUGGAGGAGAUGAUGCUGGACUCUCGUGCUAAGGAGCUGACUCAGCAUGAGCUGCCCGAGAUCCUGUCCCUGCUGCCCUGCCUGACUGGAUCCAGAGUGCUGGAGCUGGGAGCUGGCAUUGGUCGCUACACAAGCCACCUGCUGACCCAGGCCGGCCAUGUGACGGCUGUGGACUUCAUGGAAAGCUUUGUGGAGAGGAACAGACAUGACAAUGGUCACCAUAGUAACGCUACGUUCCUGCAAGCUGACGUCACAAAGCUGGAUAUCCCCCAAAACAGCAUUGACUUCAUCUUCUCCAACUGGCUGCUGAUGUACCUGACUGACGAGGAGCUUACGGCCUUUGCGCAUAAGAUGCUAGGCUGGCUGAAACCAGGUGGCUUUCUCUUCUUCAGAGAAUCCUGCAACCACCGGUCAGGUGACUCCAAGAGGGACUUCAACCCCACCUGCUACCGCACUGAGGCACAAUACAACCACCUUGUGUCAUCGGUGGGAGUGGAGGGACAAGAGGGCGGCCAAAAGUUUGGUUUCGACAUUGUGUUGAAGAAGAAAGUUCAGACCUAUGUUCAGAUGAAAAACAACCAAAAUCAGAUCUGCUGGCUUCUGGAGAAGGUUACCCGCUUCUCAAGCAACCAGAACAGAUUCAACACCUUCCAGCAGUUCCUGGACAACCAGCAGUACUCCAACCGCAGCAUCCUGCGCUACGAGAAGAUGUUCGGGGCUGGUUACGUCAGCACAGGCGGGCCCAGCACCACCAAGGAGUUUGUGGACCUGCUGAACCUGAAGCCCGGACAGAAGGUUUUAGAUGUUGGCUGUGGGAUUGGUGGAGGAGACUUCUACAUGGCUAAGAACUUUGGAGUGGAAGUGCUUGGCUUGGACCUUUCAGACAACAUGGUGGACACUGCCAUGGAGAGGGCGAUCACUGAGAAGCUGCCUUCAGUCCAGUUUGAGGUGGCUGAUGCCACUAAGAGGUUGUUCCCAGAAGCUUCCUUCGAUGUGAUCUACAGCAGAGACACAAUCCUGCACAUCGACGACAAACUGACCCUCUUCAAACGCUUCCAUUCCUGGUUAAAACCGGGUGGAAAGUUGCUUAUCAGUGAUUACUGCUGUGGGGAGAAGCCCUGGACCCCAGUGUUCGAGGCCUACGUCAAACAGAGAGGCUAUGUCCUGCACACACCCUCACAGUAUGGCAAGUUCAUUCAGGAAGCUGGUUUCUGCAACGUGCGCUCUGAAGACCGCACAGCUCAGUUCAUACAGGUGAUCAAGACAGAGCUGCAGCGAGUAGAGCUCAUCAGAGACGAAUUCAUUCAGGAAUUUUCUGAGGAGGAUUAUUUGGCAAUAGUCAACGGAUGGAGAGAAAAACUAGAACGUUCCAACAGCGGAGACCAACGAUGGGGACUCUUUUAUGCAACAAAGGAUUGAGUGAUUGCACUAAGAAAUGAUAAGAUAAUAAAAGGGAAAAAAAGAAAUGUUUGUUUCCCUAUUUACUUUUUGACUAUGACUUUGUCUUUGGUGUAUUGCUGUCCAUUUAGAAAAGAAAGCUUUUAACAAUUAAAUUAUGAGAGUAAGAAAAACAUGCA